UCACGAUUAUUUACCUAAAAACACGCGUUAAAUGUGUACGUAGCCUUAAAUAUUGAUGUUAGACGUUUAGAUAAGGACUGUCACUGCGCAGAAUGGCGGUGUCUCAGUCUGGACUCUCUCCACUUGUCCUCAGUUUGGCCAAGCUCCUUCGAAAUGAUGGUGACUUGGUUCUGGACGGUAGCAGCACCCUGACCCUCACGGCCCCCACCCUCGGGCAGCUGACCCGUCUGUUUGAGCAGUACUUGUUGUCUCGCAGUCAGCAGCAUGGCUUCCUGGCUCUGCCCUCUCAUCCUGCAGACACCGCCUCCCUGCUUCAGCUACAGUUCCUCUUUGACGUGCUGCAAAAGACGGUCUCACUCAAGAUCAUUAACCCUCCAGAUACAAGACUACAGUCUGUAGUGAAGAUUUUCCCUUUUAAAUCAUUAAAGAUUUUAGAGAUCAAACGAAUACCGCCGCAUUGUCUUGAAGGCCUUCGAGGAGUCUACUCCCAGUUAGAAGUGUUCAUCUGCUCCAAAAGUGUCAGUUUAUUAGAGGAGCUGCUGUCUUUAUGUGGAGGAGACCUGAGCUCAGCGUUGCCCUGGCUGGAACUGCACACGCUCAACUUCAGCUACAACUCUAUCAUCUGCCUCGACCAGUCACUUAGUUUACUAAAUGUUCUGAAAUGCCUGGAUGUGAGCCACAAUAAGAUCCAAGACUGCGCUGAAUUCCUCAAGCCUUUGAGCGAACUAGAACACCUAAACCUUGGCUACAACUGCCUACAGAGGGCGCCAUUGCUCGGCCUAAGCGCGAGGGCCAAACUUCUCACCCUCAUCCUCCGAAACAACCAACUGGAGACUAUAAAUGGCGUGGAGCAGUUGUCAGCCUUGCAACAUUUAGACUUGGCUUAUAACCUGCUACUGGAGCACGCCCAGCUGGCACCACUUUCUAUGCUACACUGUCUACACACAUUGAAUCUCGAAGGGAAUCCACUGUUUUACCAAAAGACACAUCGCACCUGCACCGUGAGACACAUGUCACCCAAAGCUGCUCAUCUUAGAUUUAAGCUGGAUGGUGUCAAGCUGUCCUCAUCAGAGAUAUCCGUUUUGCCAAAGCCUGGUCGUCUGAUAGUCCAGAGCCAGUCCUUAUUGUCCGUGGGCCCAGAGCGCAGCCUGGAGGGCUCCAGUGGGGCUGGAGAGCUCACGGACAGUGUGUCUGUGGGGGAGGGAGCAGCAGCCAACAUGCGCAGACUCAGAAAGUCUAAGAGUAAAGUGAGAGUGCGAAGAGCGAGCAUCUCUGAACCCAGUGACACAGACUACGAGACCAAACCAGUACCAGCACAAAAAGUUGUCCUCCCACACCAGGAGGAGAUCGAGCGCAUGUCCAGCUUCAGAGAGCAGCUGGGAGAAGACUGGCUUCGCUACCAGCACCACCUGGACCAGGGACCACCUCUGACCACCACCAUCACCACUGCUAUGGACCACCAGAACCUCUCCAACGGCUUCUGCUCCUCCUCACCUCCUUGUCAACCCUCCCCUGUCCAAACACCACCACCUGCACCAGGGCUGGAAACUGAAGAUCCUGUCUCACCUCUGCUGCCCUAUCUUGGGGUAAAGAUGGUGGUAGGCGGAGAGGAGGAGGAGGAGCAGGAGGAGAUGGAUACAGAGUCCACACUGCAGAGACAAUCGGUGGAGGAGAGCCUGGAGGGAGCGAAGGAGGAGGUGUCAAGUAGGAAAGGUUCUGCCAGAAGUGAAGGGGGCAGAGAGGAAGAGGAGGAGGACAACCUGGGAGUGGACCUGUGCCACCCCCUGCUGGUGGGUGUGCUGUCUGAUGAAGAGGAGGAUGAGGAGCAGAGGAGGAAGCAGAGCAGAGAGGUGUUCCUGCGCCUCAGGAGGGGUCUGCUACUGGAGGUGGAUGUGCACAAGGGACAGGAGAGGUGCAGACUGGAGCUGGACAGUCUCACCAGAGUGGACACUACUGAGGCCACCUGGACACAAGCGGACUCUGCAAAACUCCCUGCUGUAGAGCUCCAGUUUGACUACAUCAGCAAAGAGAAGCAGAGAAGACGCUACGUACUGCUCGACGACCACCCACAGGAGGCGCUGCAGGCCUUGACAGAGGUGCUCCGUGGGGUGGUGGAGCAGAACCAGCUCCUCUCCCUGGGUUUUGGACAUGUCCGUUUGCAGUGUCUGCGCUGUGGACUGGACUUCUCCCAUCAGCAGGACCAGGGCAGCGACCAGGAGCCAGGAGCCAGGGUCAAAAGGAGGCUGAGGUCUGCUGUGGUGCUGCGAGAGGAUGGAGAGGAAGAGGAGGAGGAGGAGAGAGCGGAUGAAGAGGAUAGUACAGACGCUGCAGGCAGGAGCACGUGUCCAGGAUGUAGCAGCGACCGUGUGGUGCAGCUGGCCGACCACAGCGCCCCCUACAGCAGCACUCCCGUCGAUGAGCCUCCUGGACCGGGCAGUGACAGGGAUGAAGAUCACCUGGACGGGACCCUCAACUCAGUCUCUGAUGAUAAGGAGGACUUUCCCGACACAAGCCUCCAUGUGAAUGGAACCAACACCGAUGACCCCACCUCCGCCUUCCUGACAGCCCUUAGCUCCUUUUACAUUGGGGGGAGCCAGGGGGACCAGUCCAGCCCCUCCAACACCACAGAGACCGGGGAGGAGCUGGCCGGGAGCUACCACUACACCGACACGGAGGCUAUUGCGGCCCAGGUGUCACUGUGCCCAUCAGGAAUGACCUCUUCAGAGGAUGAGUUGGAUCUGAGUUGUGAAGACUUCGAUGCUGUAGACCACCGGCUCAAACUCUUCUUUGACGUGGAGGUUUUUGAGGAGGAAGAGGAGCUGCAUUCGUUUUUAAAGAUGUCAGCCGUCAAAUUUGGAGAGCCAGGGGAGGUGCCGUCUCUGCUGGUGGUGUCUAACCUGAGGAUCUACUUCUUGGAAAUGAUUUCGGAUACACACAGGGGGCAGCUGUCUGACUGGCUGGUGAAGCGGGACAGUCAGCCCAUCCUGGAGCUGAGUUACCUGGAGGUGGGGCUGGGCUCUCAGUGCGUGCACAUGGAGUUUGGGGAGGGGGCGGCGGCCUACACUCUGCUGGUGAGGGACAGCGCACGCUGCAAGAGCUUCUUUGGACGCCUCACAGGAAUCGUGCGGGAAAUGGCCCAUAAAUCGGACAGCAAGCUCCAGUCCAUCUCCACCACACGCCUGAGCCCGCAGCACCACCUCUGGCCGUUGGUGUGUGAGGACAUCCAGGACGACGUGGAGGAGGGGCAGCUGCAGUUCUUCUACAUCCUGGCAUUUGUCCUGCAAGAAGAAUUCUGGACACCGCUGACCGUCCUUGCCACCAGGGAGACUCUUCACCUGCUCAGAGAGGAUCACCAAUGGAGGAAGAGCGCCACCGACCCCACAGCCAAUGGAAGUGAAGAGCCCAGCAGCGGAGGCGUGACAGUGUUAGAGUCUCAGCCAAUCAGCUGCGUGAGCUCCAUCGUCCUCUGGCCCACAGACUCCUGCAGGAUGGACAUCAAACUUUAUGAUGAGACGGUGAAGCAGGAGAAGACGUGGAGCGUGCGGUCGGAAAGCUCUGAACUGCUCCAAAGUCUGGUGGCCUGGGUCAAAAAGCAAUGGGAGGACAUGUUUGGAGUCAAGUUGAGUUUACAAGAGGCAUCGUAAGGCACAUGCGCUCACAGGAAUGGACAAGAUAUCGGACAAUAUGUGGAAUUUUUUUCUUAUUUCAGUUUUGGUUCGAUAUGGACAGAUUCACCAACACAGCAGACUACUGAGUUCAAAAGAAAUUAGAAGAGCAAGUUGUGGCUGCAGGUUUACACAAUCAUCAUAACAAGUAUAACAAAGUCAGUUAUAUACCAAGCACAUUCAUUUACAAGUGAAUUUUUGAUUUUUCAACUAUAAUUUAAGAGCCAGGACCUUGUUAUAGAUGUAAAAAAUAUCGGGAAAUAUCAUUUACCGGCCACAACAGCAAGUCAAAUAUCACACAUCAGGUUGCAUCCGGUCUCCUACAUGUGUCUGACUGUUUUUCCUCCACGUACGUAGGUUUCCCACAUCAACCCAAAACAAGCACAAUAGGUCAACUCAUCCAGCUAAAGUAGUCCUGACCAAGACUAGCUCAAGAUGCAGAGAUGGGUUCCCGGGUGCUUACCUUGCUUAGGCCAGACUGAUAUGUGUAGAACUUUGAAUUGAGUUCAACUGGAAUGGCUACUCUCAAAGCGAUCGCAAAAACGUGGAUCAUUUCGUCGCUUCAUCGUUGGCUUCCAUCCAAACCGCAAUGCUUCACUGUGAUUGGGCCACCCACCAGCGGCUGGGCCCAGUUGUACGAGCAUGCACACGAUUACACAGGCCCUGCAAUGCUUCUCACAGGUUGUUCAAGCAGCAUUGAAGGAUGGGUGGAAUACAGAAGACAAAUUCACCUACAGGGACAGAAAAGUGUACUUGCGAAUAUUGGUAUUAGCGGAAAAAAACAACUCCAAGUGUGUAAGAGGACUUACGCUAACACAUGUUCACAAAGAAGGGCACCAUUGGUCUGUUCUGUUCUGUUCUUGCCUGAGAAAGUCUGUUGCGUAAUAUAUUUUCUUCUUUUUUCUCUUGUUUUUUACUGGUCAAAUUGAGUGUGCCUUGUUUGUUGCUGGACUUCUUACCAAAAAGCACUUUAAACAGGACAACCACGUGGGAAUUAGGCAAAGAGAACAAAAUG